UGUAACAAGAAGAAGAAUCUCACUCAAAUAGGCUUACAGUUAGCAGAAGGAUAUUUUUGAUUAAUCAUAUUUAUAUAUUAUCUGUAUCUUUCUCCUGUAUAUCCACAUUAAACAUGCUGCGAGUGAGAAAUGCCGCCUGUCAGUCUUGGAGGGGGUUCAAGACGUUCUCGUGUGCAGCUGUGGAGGUCAAGAAUGAGCCCAUUCUCGGGUUUAAAGAGGGAAGUAGAGAGACAGCAGAACUGGAGAAGGCAUUGCGCAAUCUGAAGGGAAAAACUGAAGAGAUUCCAUGUGUGGUUGGAAAUGAAGAAGUUUGGACCAAAGAUAUCCGAUACCAGCUGUCUCCCUUCAACCAUUCUCACAAAGUGUCUAAGUUCUGCUAUGCCGAUAAGAAGCUGAUAAAUAAAGCCAUUGAGGCUUCUGUGGCUGCACGGAGAGAAUGGGACCUCAAACCCGUCACAGAUCGAGCUCAGAUCUUCUUCAAAGCUGCUGACAUCAUCAGUGGACCCAAGAGAGCAGAAGUUCUGGCCAAGACCAUGAUCGGACAGGGUAAGACGGUGGUGCAGGCGGAGAUUGACGCUGCUGCAGAACUCAUCGACUUCUUCAGGUUCAACGCCAAACAUGCGACUGAACUAGAACACCAGCAGCCAUUGGACAGUGAUGGAAGUACCAACACCAUGCUGUUCCGUGGAUUGGAGGGAUUUGUAGCCGCUGUCUCCCCCUUCAACUUCACAGCCAUUGGUGGAAAUCUGGCAGGCACCCCCGCUCUCAUGGGAAACGUGGUGUUGUGGAAACCCAGCGACACUGCUAUGUCUGCCAGCUAUGCCGUGUAUAAGAUCCUGCGGGAGUCUGGACUGCCACCCAACAUCAUCCAGUUUGUUCCAGCUGAUGGGCCAGUUUUCGGAGACACCAUUACGUCCUCAGAACAUCUGGCUGGUAUUAACUUUACCGGCAGUGUCCCAACGUUUAAGCGAUUGUGGAAGCAGGUGGCCCAGAAUCUGGAUAUCUAUCGGAACUUCCCUCGUGUUGCUGGAGAAUGUGGUGGCAAGAACUUCCACUUUGUACACAAGUCGGCAGAUGUUGGUAGCGUGGUGACCGGCACCAUCCGCUCUGCGUUUGAGUACGGAGGACAGAAAUGUUCGGCCUGUUCAAGGAUGUAUGUACCAGACUCACUGUGGCCUCAAAUCAAACAGGAACUCCUCGCUGUGCACAAACAGAUCAAACUGGGAAACCCUGUUGAAGAUUUCAGCACUUUCUUCUCAGCAGUUAUUGAUGACAAGUCCUUCUCCAGGAUCAAGGGUUGGCUGGAACACGCCAAAUCUUCUCCGCAUCUGAAGAUCAUCGCUGGGGGAAACUGUGAUGACAAAACAGGAUAUUUUGUGGAACCCACCAUCAUUGAGACCACAGACCCACAGGAGAAAAUCAUGAAUGAGGAGAUCUUUGGACCCGCCCGCGUUUACGCUUACUCCGAAAACAACUACAAAGAGGUCCUGCACUUAAUAGACAACACGUCUCCAUACGCUCUAACAGGAGCCAUCUUUGCUCAAGAUAAGGCUGUUAUUGAUGAAGCAGGGAAGGCCUUGAGAAACGCUGCUGGAAAUUAUUAUAUCAACGACAAGUCGACGGGAUCCAUUGUGGCCCAGCAACCAUUCGGUGGCGCCAGAGCAUCAGGCACCAACGACAAGCCCGGUGGUCAACACUACGUCCUCCGAUGGACAUCUCCACAAGUCGUCAAGCAGACAUAUGUGCCGCUUACAGAAUGGAAAUAUGCCUACAUGGGUUAAGAGAUUGUGCCAAUCUUGGCAAUAUCUCUGACACAGAAGCUUUCCUUAUGCCAGAUCCCUCCAUCAAGACUUGUCCUCUAAUGUCCCAUCUUGCCCAAGUGACUUGAAUAAGGCUCACAAGGGCUGUUAGACUGUUCCAGAACAGAAAACUGCCGCCUGCAGGUGCUGCCUUGAACAUAAAAACAUGAGAUACCUCAUAUGGGCAAGGAAACUGGCGGAAACGGCUCUCGAAGGUCUGAAUGUAUUCAAGAAUCUUUGCAGAUUUCCAUUACCUUUUGAUCUUGAGAAAUUGCUGGACCCUACACCAGAGGAAUUAGGAGUUAAAAUAUCUGACAAUAUCUUUUCUUUUUUUGGUAUUUAAUUUGUUAUUAUUUCACAGUGCGUUUGACAGUUUCCCAAAAGAGUAUCUGAACACUUAAUGCAUGAGAUCCUUGGCUUUUUAUAACAAAAUGUUCAAACCAGUGGAUUUUGUUUUUUACACAUUUCAAGCCAACUGAUUAAAAAUCAACUUGACAAGUUAAAAGUCGUAUAAAAAAAUGGCUCGUUAGUUCUGAGGAAUGAUCGGGCAGCAUAUGAGCGCAGAUGACACUUGGUUUGAUAUUUUGUUAUCUAAUGCGAUGACAUUCACACAUUUAAGUGUACAUAGGAUAUGCCUUCAGAAUUCACCUACAUGUAAUAAAUCAAUCUUUAUAUAAGUUACAUGUGAGCCGUUACAUUUACACAGAUCUGCUGUUUGAGUUUUUGAUUGAAAUGAUUAGAAUGACAUGUGCCGUCCUAAUUAAAUCUGUAGCAUUUUAAUAUCAUUUGCAUUUAAUUGUGAAGGCAAGCAUGAGGAUGCGCCUUCCGUUUGGUGAAUAAAAUGAAUGAUUGUAAGACA